AUGAACGGCCGGCUUUCUCUAUGGGCAGUUCUCCUGCAAUUUCUUUCCGUCCAUGCCGUUCAUUUUCCUGACGCGAUGUCUAGGAAGCUGGAGAACAUAACAAAAGAUAUGGACCCGACUGCUGAUCCUUGCAAUGAUUUCUUCACCUAUGCUGCCGGAAAUUUUAGCCCAAAUAUUAUGGUUGAGAUGAAUCUUUAUAUCAAGAGAACGCUACUGCAAUCAGCCCAUGGAGAUGAGGUAGGACUUAGAUCGAGUAUGACAAACCCUUUUCGAUCUUGAUUUACUCGUUUUUUUAGGCUAUACGGUCAUUUCUUUCAAUUUCAGAUCCCAAGCGUCCAAAAAGUUAAGUCGCUCUUUGCCGACUGCUUGAUGGAACCCACCAUGAUGGAAGAAUCGAACCGUCCAGCAUUAUACAGUCUGAUUGUGAGCAGUUGGAAACAGAGAGGUUAUAUCUUUCCAAUGAAGAACGAAGUUUUCGCCAAUAACGACGACCUUUUUAUCGAGUUAGUCUUGGAACUGUACGUUUUUCUGUUUUAUACGGGAGCCCCGAUUUUUAAUCAAUGGGGUUCCGACGCUUCUGCGGGGAAAUUAUAUCUGAAUAUUCCGCCAAAGGUCAACCAAGAGCAAGCUUGGUAAGUUAUUUGUGAAUCACAUGAACAUAUCAAUAUGUCGGGAAGAUAAUGACUUAUUAAUACUGGGGUUCAUUGAAUACAUAUGAUAACCUUCAGGCAGAAGUACUGCAAUGUCACUGGAGGAUGUGCCAAUCUGGUCUACGACCGGAAUUACAUGGCUCGAGGUUAUGUACAGGCAGAUCAUUUAAAAGGCCGCUUCUUCAACAGAACUAUGGGGACAGGAUUAGACGAAACUUUCCCGGAGAUUGCAUUCUAUUUUCCACACGUCAUAGAUGUAAGUUGUUGGGUUUUGCCUUGUGGCCAAAAGGAAACCUUCUGUGCGAAAAUAAAACUGUUUUUUUGCCGGACAAGACACAGCUCCGGCACAGCUUAAAGUAAGGCAAAAAAAUUAAUGAGUGUGCACGAUUCCCGCGGCUUUAUUUUGAGCUGUGCCCGAGCAACUUGUGCCAACUUUCAGUCAGUAGUAAUUCGUUCCUAUCCGCCGGGUCCAUUCAUUCAGGAAAAAGCUCCAAGCGUCUAAACCACACUUCAAAUUCAAGAUAUUCAAACUUCUUUGGGCACCUCUAGCCUUCCCGUUUCUUCCUGAAACCCGCGAAGAAAAGAUGAAUUAUAAACGAUGACUUUUUUCAGCCCAGCCUGUCUGCUCAUCGUGCCAACUUUCUGAAUCACCUGUUGGAGUAUUUUACCGAUCAAAUUCAUCGCCCGAAAAAGUUUUCCAAUUGCGAGAAUUACAUUCAAGAGGCGUUUCCCCUUCAAUUUUCCAAAAUGGCGUAUGAAAUGGAGAUGAAAGAAGGCAAGGAGGCAUUUGAGAAGCUGAAAGCAAAAUUCUUCGAAGAAGGAAACGCGAUUAAGAAAACCGCUGAAGGCAUGCUCCGAAACGCAAACUUCAAGCAGAAUCAGACCCGACAAAAUUAUCUGGACAGAUUGGCGAAGAACGAGUUCAAAUUUGUGGAUCAUCCAAUUCUUUUUGGAGAUGAGCUAGCUUCAGUGGAGCUGUUGUAUUGGGGCCCAGUGUAUACGAGGCGAUUUGAGAAUGGAAUAGCCAAGGUUUUUAAGUUCAACUCGGAGAAAAAGCUGAAAAAUUUUGUCAUCCCAGAGUACAAGGCAAGUCUAUUCGUUAUGAAUGCCAUCGAAAGGAACACCUCGUCGAGAGGAACCCCUUGUUGAGAGGAACCCCUCGUUGAGAGGAACCCCUCGUCGAGAACAACCCCCGAGUAGGAAAUGUUGGAUAUACAGGUAAUCGAUGACGGGAUUUCGAAAAUGAUGUUAAUUUUUUCUCAUUUUUACUUUUUUCUUAAGAGAGGAACCCCUCGCGAGGGGUUCCUCUCGACGAGGGGUUCCUCUCAACGAGGGGUUCCUCUCGAGGAAAACCAUUCGUUAUAUGAAGCAAACAUUUUUGGAAUGCGUCUUCUGACCUACAUAUUCCAACAGAAUACUUUUUUUCGAGCCUUGAAUUGGCACUCUUUUUUCGCUAGCUCUCGGGCUUUGAACUUCUUUGAGACCAAACCCCUAAAUCUACUAUUUUUAGAAAAAAAUCAAAAAAUUACUUUUUAACAUUACUACUUAAACAAAAAAGUAAGAAUCAGAAAAAACGAAUAUGAUUUUUGGAAUCUACGCCAUCGAUUACCCUAUUUUUGAUCUUUUCGGCCAUUUCGGGCAAACAUCGAAAGAGACCCCCGAUUCCGGGGUCUCUUUCGAAGGAAACCAAACAACACCAUUAACGCCACAAGCCAUAUUUUCACCUCGUACUGUAUAGUACCAGAUAGUACUAUAAAGAGGAAAGCUAACAUGAUUUUCGAAAUCAGCACCCUCGAAAACCCCUAAAUCGACUAUUUUUAGAAAAAAUUCAAAAAAUUACUUGUUAACAUUACUACUUAAGGAAAAAAGUAAGAAUCGGGAAAAACGAAUAUGAUUUUUGGAAUCUACGCCAUCGAUUACCCUAUUUUUGACCUUUUCGGCCAUUUCGGGGAAACAUCGAGAGAGACCCCCGAUUCCGGGGUCUCUUUCAACUCGGGGUCUCUUUCGAGGAAAACCAUUCGGAAUGCUGUGCCCUGUACAAGAAUUCGAUCGCUUUGCUUUGCAGUGUCUUUUUUGAGCAAUACUAGUUCAAAACCGUUUUUUCAAACUAAAAUAGGUCUAUAUGUUUUCGAGAAUAAAAUUUUGAUAUUUUAUCUUCAGUUUGGUGCUUUCCACUCUCGAGAGAAUCAGCACAAUUACUUUCACUUUCGCGCAGUUGACUAUCCGUACUACGAUGUCGACUUUCCCGCUUCUCUCGAUUUCUCUGGAACAGGGCUUAUGAUGGCCCAUGAAUUGGCCCAUACUUUCGGCAAGUGAUGAAAUUGACCUUAAAAAAUUCCCGUUUUUUAGGAGAUAAUUUGCUACAAAGUCAUGAGGACCCGGACAAGGAGCAUCGUGCUCGGUGGGACUGUAUUACAAAGCUCUACAGUCAACAAUGUGAUCCACAAAGACCGGACUUCUGUGUGGAUCCCAACAAAAUCGCCGACGAGGCAUUUGCGGAUCAAGUUGGUGAGUAUUAGCCGCAUUAUUGCAGGACUAGAUAAACAAUUCCUGGGGAGCGGUUAUCUUCCCUGGAAGUUAAGCGGGAGAAGCUGGGACACUAAAAUAAGUCGUGAAAAUUUGCAUAAUUGAACUGCGUCGAGCUACGUUCUAUUCGUCAGUCUAGCGCAGAAAGCACGCCGAUUUAUUUUCCUCACACGGGAGGUACUUUUAUGGAAGCUCCAACUUUUAUGGUUAGACGGGACUUUUGUCACAGGUAUUUUUGUGAGCUGCGCCCUUGUUUUGUGAAAAUGUUGUUGCCAUUUUAUACAAAGGAUGUGCACACAGCCUGAGGCGUUCAAAUCACGUUACGGGUUAAGUUAUGCAACCUUUCUUGAGCAACUUUACGUCUUUACAUUGAGCGGCGGAAGAAGGGAAGUUUUUGUUUCGAGAGUAAGCCCCAAAACAAGUCGUCCACACGUUUUAGACUUACCUCAAUGUCAUUUUAGGUAUUCGUCUGGCCUAUUUUUCCCAUUUCGUCCCUGGAAAUAUUUCGGAGACCCGAAUAAUGCAACAGUUCUCCAACAGACAACUUUUUUUCAUCAACAUGGCCCAGACAAUUGCGACGACGGUGCGUUGGAACGACUACAAUGUAGCGAAUCCCCAUCCGCCAGCUCGAGUUCGUGUUUGGGGAGCUCUUGCCAACUUUAAAGGAUUUGCCGAGGCUUUCCGUUGCCCUGUUGGUUCGAGAUAUCACCUUCCAGUAGACCAACGAUGCAAUAUCUUUGACUUUGACAUCGAUAGCACCACUACCACGACAACUACGACCACGACAACCACGACCACGACAACUACGACCGCUACAACAACGACCACGACAACUAGGACCACAACUACAACGACCACAGAAAUUACAACAACGGCUGCAACAACGACUACACCAACUACUAUUGAAGCAACUGCUGCGACGACUACAGAAAAGGCAACAACCAGCACUGCAGCGCAUCACGAACCAGUUGUAACUGACGGAACUCCUCAUGCCAGUACGAACACUCCACCGGCCCCUGGACCAACCAAAUCAACUCCGAACCCACAUACGACUACUACGCAAUCUACACAAAGCACUACUCCCUCUAUGGCAACUACUCCCUCUGAACCAAGAACUACCCCUCAUACGCGAAGAACCACUCCCUCCGCGACAAAAACUACUCCAUCUUCACCGGAACCAGACUACAACCACGAAGAAUAUGGAGAAGUUGUCCCCAAAAAAUCGAUUCUAUUCUCACCGCCGUCUGUCUUAUAUCCCAUAUUGUCAUUUGCAUAUAUUAUGUUGUAA